CGUUGUGCAUUUUUAGAGGUCACACUUGACAGACGCACUUAUAUUGUAAGACUGCAGAAAAAUACAGUUGAGUAGAAUGGCAUGUCAACAGCUGGCAAUGCCGUACAAAACCAUUAUCCAUGGUCCACUGAAACCUGGCAAAAUCUUCAUCAUUCGAGGAGUUGUCAACACCGACCCUAAGAGGAUAGAAUUCAACUUUCGCCACAGAUUUGGGAUCGCCUUUCACUACAAUCCUCGUUUUGAUGAAAAUAGGAUAGUGUGUAACACUUGGGAUGGGAAUUGGGGUCAAGAAGAAUAUCCUUCGUGCAUGCCGUUUAAAGCAGGUCAACCCUUUGAGGUCAAAAUUUAUUGUACUGACUGUGGCUACAAUGUGUCGGUGGAUUGUCAUCAAAUGCACUCUUACAACCAUCGCUUCAAGCAGUUGUACAAGAUUGACGUUUUCGAAAUUCGUGGAGAUCUGCAAUUGACUUCUGUGGAGGCUUAGCAGCAAUUUCAUCCUCCUUCAAGCCAUUGAGAGCGGUCCAUUUAUUGACUUUCCUUGGUAAUCUCAGGAUCUGAGAUUUUAAAACCUUCGCUUAUAGUCAAUACAUUUAAUCAUCCUGCUCAUCAUUUCAUUAUAUGCAUUUAUUUUAUCAUAAAAUCUUUUGAUUUUGUUUUAACUGAUGUUAAAUGAUGUAAUGUCUCAACAUAAUAACACCAGACUGUUUUCUAGACUGAGCAUUGAAGUGCAACUAUAAGAUUAUCCAAUAAACUGAGUUUUAUUCUUUCA